AUGCUGAAUUUGUAUCCACCCGCCAACCACGCCGCAUACAACGGUGUGAAGUUAAAUUUCUCGUCUGAAAUCGAUCAAGCUUGUCAGGCCAUUCACGAUGCGUGUAAAGGUUUCGGUACAAAUGAGGAAGCUAUCAUCGCUGCAUUGGGCACAAAAUCCGCAGACACGCGCUACUUGAUUUCUGUGCGUUUUAAAGAGAUAUACGAGAAGGAUUUGAGGAAGGUCCUCAAGUCCGAAACUUCGGGUGACUUCAAUUAUCUGUUACAGCUCAUCGCACAAUCGCUACCCGAGGCCGAGGUUACAAUUAUUCGUAAAGCUACCAAGGGCAUGGGCACUAAGGAAAAGGUGAUAUUUCCCAUUGUCAUGGGCCGCACCAAUGUGGAAAUGGCUAUGCUCAAAAAAACAUAUUAUCACAAAGCUAAGCAGGACUUGGGCUCUGUCAUGGAUUGCGAGUUGAGCGGUGAUGUUAAAAAGGGUAUACUGGCUUCGCUACAAGCGUCUUUAGAGUCGUACAAUCCGUCAUUACACACAUUGGAGAAGGCAGAGAGUGAUGCUGACGCGCUUUACAAAGCUGGUGAAGGUCGCAUGGGUACGAGGGAGCACGAGUUUAUCAAUGUUUUGGUGAUAAGCCCGCCACAGCAUUUAAGAGCUAUGAACGCCAUCUAUGAGAAGAAAAAUAAGCACAACAUUAUCCAUGCGGUCAAAAAAGAGUUUAGUGGUGAUGCCAAGGAUGCUUUGUUAUUUUUGGUGCGUAUGACGCUAGAGCCACUCGAGCUACUCUCAGAGUUAUUUGAAAGUACGAUGAAGGGCUUUGGCACAGACGAAAAGGCGUUAAGCGCCGCUCUUGUUCGUUAUCAUGUCGUACUACACGAUAUUCGACCCGUUUAUAAGAAAAUGUAUGGAAAGGAUUUGCGAGAUCGCAUCCAGGGCGAAGUUAGUGGUAACUACGGAAAGCUUGUUAUGGCUGUCUUUGACGCUCCGAGCCAAUAUUGA